AUGAUGCGCCGCGAAUUCUCCUCGCAGCAUCCUGCGUCUUCCUCCACGCCCACUUCUACAUCAUCAUCCUCCUCUACAUCAUCAACCACCACAACAACCACCACUUCCGCCACGUCGACUUCGUCCGGCUCCUCCACAUCCCCCAUCCACCUGCGCCGCCAGCGCCGCCGCGCCGCUACAUCCUGUCGCCACAUCUCCUCGGCCUCGUCCCGGCACCUUUCUGGCUCUGUCUCGGCCGCCGCCGCCGCCAAGUCGGCGAGUACCCUCCUCGUCCGAAACCCUGCCCUCGCACACAAGCUCCGCCAAAUGGCCCUACCGCUGAGCCCCCUCGUCCAGCUCACCACCGGCGCCGUGCACCCCGACUUCCCCAGCAACGUCCUCCAGUUCUGGCUACUCACCGACGCGCAGCUCGAGGCCCUCGCUGCCUUUUACCAUCAGACCGUGCCGGCCGGCGCGCGCGCGCCCUCGCCCUGGGCCGCACAGUACCCGUGCCCCGUACGCUGGCGUUCCGACGCCUCACUCGAGAGCAAGCGGCGCCGCAUGGGCCGAUUUAUUGGACUUCGCGGAUGCGAGACGCCCGUCGAAAUGGUAGCCCCCGCGGUCGGUGUGCCGAAAGUCGUCAAGAGCGAGGAGGAGAUUGCGCUCGAGGCGAGGAUGGCGAGGAUGGCGGCAGACGAGGAGGCCCUGAGGAGAAAGACGAUGCCAGGUCCUUGGGGUCAAUGA